AUGGCAGUACAAGCAACAACAAUUGAGACCGUUACAGUAAUUAGACCUUUAAAGGUGAUAGCAUUAGUAUGCUUGCUGAUAGCAUUUAUCCUUCUGUUUGUAUGCUUGUGCACUACUUGGUGGCUUCGGUCAGGAGAUUUUCGUACAGGUCUCUGGUUGGAAUGCACAGCAUCACAUCAAAUACAGCCAACUAUUGCUGGAGCGCCUCCACCUGGAAAAUGCCAGAAAAUACACCGACAUGCAGGUAAAAAAUCUUUAUGUCCUGCGUGUAUGCCCCAUUCUGUGUCUCUCUCACUUACUUGUUGUAUUUAA